CUUUUUCAGUAUAUGGCCCCUUUAACUGCUGAAUCUGCUGUGUUGCUGCAGACGAACGCUGUGCAUCAUGUGUCCGCUGAGGCUUCCUACGCUUUUCCUCGUUCUGCUCGUGUCACUGCGCAGCAUCGCCGCUGCCCCAAAUCACAGGUACUUUAGCUCCAGCUCAUCUAGCGAGCAGGACGGCCCUCUCGCAGACAGCGAAGAUUGGUUCGUCCCCGGCCUGAUGUCCAACCCCUUCCUCAUCCUCAUGGGGGCUCGGCCACGAAGGGGCCUCCCUGCUGUGAAUAGCCACCACUUUGAGAAGAGGAAGUGCAACACAGCCACCUGUGUCACCCAAAGGCUAGCAGACUUCUUGGUUCGCUCCAGUAACACUAUCGGUACUGUCUACGCACCGACUAAUGUGGGCUCUGAUGCCUACGGGAAGAGAGAGGUACUGCAGCCAUCCAUCUACCUGCCCCUCUAGUAUGGACUAAGGAACCUCCUUGAGCAUAUCCAGUGUUCUGAUCAUCAAUCCUGACCGUUUGUAACAUACGAAAGUUGUGUUUAUAAUGUUGAAAAUGAUGAUCGUGAGUUUUUAGGGUUCAUUUUGUAAACUUUAAAAGCAGGCAAUGCCCUUUGUUGGAAAUGUAUUCGUCAAUGGUUUAUUUUUUUUGUGGUUUCAAAGGUUAAUUAAUAAAAAGAAACUUU